AUGGCUACCGCAUGCAUUUUCCAACCUAACCUUCUCAAGGUUAAUGCAUCUAAUGAGCCCUCCAAUAUGAUCCGCAAAAGAAGAAGAAUACAACAAUCACAACCAGGAUCAUUACUCCGAGAGAACAAACUUCAACCUCAAAUCUUUUUGCGGAACCUAAAUCACUGUUACAUACUAUCACUUUAUAAAGAAAUCACGUGCCAACUCAUUGGAGAAAUUCUUCACCAAAAAAUAUCCAAGAUAUGGGGAAAAGUAUACAUACCGUCUUAUGAACUGAUAUCAGAUAUUCAUGGAAACCAGCUUUAUGUGGAGCAAGGCGUGGACGAAAAUAAACUGGUCUCGGAAAUAUUGAAGAGACUUAACCCUAACCUUAUUGAUUCAGAAGCCACUCAAAUGUUAUUUGACGAUUACCAUUUAGAAUUAUCACACACAGGGAACGGUAUCUGCAUAUCCAGUUUAACCGAUCGUUUUCAUAAAGAGUUUUCUUUCAAUAAUGCAGUCACUGGUACAUUCAGACUCUGUGGGACGAGUGUACGCGCCGAUAGCAGUGGAACGGUAUAUGGUGUUAUGCAGAUUGAAAUUCCUAUCGAGGAGAAUACGUCACAAGCCGAGCAUACCUUUAGUGGGCUCUCUACUUUUCACAUUCAGACGGACGAACCCAAUGAUACAGAACAAGAAAUAAGAGCCUUUAAUUUGAGUCGACAGAAUCAAGAAAAUAUAAUUAGAAGGGAGAUUACAAGAAGAUUGAAAGGACAUGGUGAGCUUUACAACCAUCGCAAAAACAUGCGAAGCGCUUCUUCAAGAAUAGCAAAAAAAUAA